CCCCCACAACCGAUCAGACACCCUACUUCCCGCCCCUCUUCCUGCCAUCGCUGGCAAAAUGAAUCGCCAAUCACACUAUUCCACGCCGAAAAAGGCGAGAAUACGAGGGACGAUUGAUUAUCUCGAAUCUCGUCAUAUCCCGCACUUCAAAAGCGACGUUUUCCGCUUCCACGGAGCUAGCCAACGCUCUGGCUGGCGCGCCCUCGCGGAACCGGAGGAUACAGGCGACCGAUCUUUUCACUCGAUAUGUUCUGAGACUCGCGGCCGGAAAAGAAAGCUUACCGCCGGCCUCGACAUCGACGUCUCUGGGCGAACAGUACGCCGUGCAGUUCAGUCAAUGGACUUCCGGAUAUUGAAGGAGAGGCGAGUGGAGUACAGCCGAGUUAUGCUGGAAAAAUACCCGGAUGCAAAAGACUGGAGGCACAUCAGAUUCUCCGACGAAUGCCACUUUGGCUGGGGUCCUCAGGGUCGAGUCCACGUCAUACGACGACCGUGGGAGCGUCAUUGCCCAGACUGCAUCCUCGAGAAAGAGAUGCCGGCCGAGAAGGAUCAGAAGCGACUACAUUGCUGGGCGGCAGUUGGAUACGACUUCAAGUCACCGCUUGUGUGGUAUGGUGUACCUGGCAACUCCAACGGCAAGAUGGCCAUGCAGGUCUAUAGAGACCACAUCCUCGAGCCUGUGGUUGGCGGUUGGCUUCGUGAAGGCCAGUCAUUUAGCAAUAUCGUACGCGCUUGGAAGGAGCAGAACGGCUUGGAGUCUUUCUUCAACUGCGCUCAAUCCCCUAAUUUUUCUCCCAUUGAAAAGGCAUGGCAGGGGCCGAAGCAGUAUGUAAAGAAGAGGCCUUGCUGGGACGAUGAACUAUCAAUGCCUGGUUUGCAAUUGAGAUCAUUCAGUUCGGCCACGAUCUGCUGAUGUUUCUGAUCAUUGAAUUCUGGGGAGACGCGUUUUGGAGUAACAUACCUUUUUUUUUGUCCAGGUGGGGCCCCGUAAACAGUUUCGCCCUCGCCCCG